UGUUCUCACAGUGGCCAAAAAGAUGCCUUUGGGAAGCAAGACUUGAGCCCUGUCUCCUAACAUCCAGAAACAUGACUGCCUUUGACCGUGGAGGCAGGACAUAGCCAUCAUGACUAGUAGCCACUGUUAGUUUUGCCCUCCAUGAAUUUGUCCAAUCCUCCUUGAAAAAUCAUCCAAGCUGGUGACUGAAAACCAGCAGCACGGCAGACCCAAAAGUUGGCAACCUUGGCUGUUAGGCACAGACUCGUUCAGGAAAAAAGUUGGCACUUUUGGAGCCCGAAUAAAUCCAUUGGAAAUGAACAUUUUCAUUUUCAAGUUAUUUCAUCUGCAAGUUUGUACAAGAUCUAAAAAAAACCCCAUCCCAUUCUACUCCCCUCUGUGUUUAUGGGAGGGUCCGAAAGCUCUUAGGAUACUGGAUCUCUCCCAACAAUCUGUAAAAAUAAGCUCCAGUCGCUGCGUUGUUUACCGAAUAAUCUGGAACUUAUUUCUUGGCCAGGCAUUUUUGGUUAAAGCCCACAUUAAGAAGCUCAACUCAGGGCAGCUCAAAUUCACUUCAGCUCCUCCACUCCCUUUGAGAACAGCAGCCGGACAGCGAUGGAGCUCCGAGGUGUUUGCCUUCUGGUCUGCCUCUUUUCUGUGGUACAAUUGACAACUCAGCAGAACAUCAGACCCAAGAAGAAGCCAGAGAAAGAUGUCGUAAGCCUCAAAAUGUUUGAAGACCUGAAGGAGCAGCUAGAGAAUAUCUCCCAGGAGGUGGCUCUGCUAAAGGAAAAGCAAGCACUUCAAACAGUUUGUCUGAAAGGCACCAAGGUCAACCUGAAGUGUUUCCUGGCUUUCCCCAACGCCAAGACCUAUCACGAAGCCAGCGAAGACUGCAUCUCUCAAGGCGGCACCCUCAGCACCCCUCAGACGGGAGACGAAAACGACGCUCUGUACGACUACAUGAGAAAGAGCAUCGGGGCCCAGUCGGAAAUCUGGCUCGGCAUCAACGACAUGGCCGCCGAAGGGAGAUGGGUGGACAUGACAAGUACCAGCAUCGGCUUCAAGAACUGGGAAACAGAGAUCACCACUCAGCCUGAUGGUGGGAAACUGGAAAACUGCGCCACGUUGUCGGGGGUCGCCACUGGCAAGUGGUUUGACAAGAGGUGCAGAGAUAAGUUGCCAUAUGUGUGCCAGUUCAUGAUAGUUUAACGGUGGGACACCCGCUGUGGACGAGGAGGUCAAGGCGUUCCACUUGGCCCCAGGAACAGAGCUGCACAAAAAUAUACAACGCAUACAUACCCUCAUAUACUCUUGGCAGAUAAACACAUGGCUUGGCAGAACGAGUUACAUCUGUGCUGCAUUUUAAUCGGCUAAAAACUACAUUCCGCUCAGUAGCAGCUACAUUUUUCUCACUGAGGCAUGAGUUAUAGAUAUCUAUAUUUUUUACAUCCAAAGCCUAAUAGGAUGACUUCAUUAGUCGAGCGGCGUUUCAACUUUGCCAAAAUAAUACGAUCCUUUUAAGACUCAUUAGUUGUCCGUCGCAUGUACUCUUCCUGCCGACCCUUUUCCCUUCCUGCUGAUAGCACCAAAUUAAACCAGCUUUUGCAGAA